AUGAACCCGUGCUCCCGCAGGCCGGCCCGGCUCCGCUCCGGGCUCCUGCUGGCGGCGGUGGCCGCGCUGCUGCUGCAGACCCUGGUCGUGUGGAACUUCAGCAGCCUGGACGGAGGCGCCAGGAGCCGGGAGAGGAGAGAGGAGCGAGCCGGCGGGGAGCAGCCGCGCUGGAAGAGGGGCGACCCGCCGCCGCUACUCGGGAAGGCGGCCGCUCGACACCAGCUGCAGGCGGACGUCUACCGUUCCCACCGUCCCAAAGAGAAACUUCCUCUGGACAGCAACAACAACGAGAACUCUGUCCCCAAAGACUUCGACUCCAUCGACAGCAACAGCAACAGCAACAGCAACCUCGCCACUCGCUCGCAACGCCAGCGAGCGCCGGUCGGAAACAGCAGACACAAGCUGGACAGGGUGCAGAGCAUUCUGGGAAAAUCUGCUAACGAGGUCCUCAAGUUGCCUCCGAUCCAACGCAGAGGGAUCGGGCCCAGUCGCAACCACACCCACAAAAUGAAAGCCCGCCCCCAGACGCUCCCGGCUCCGGUCCGGGGGUCCAAUCAGGAUCCAGCGCUCCUCCGGGUCAAGACGCCGGCCGGUCAGGAGCCGAGGAAGACGCCGCCGCAGUGCGAGGUCAGCGGGAAGGAAGCAAUCUCCGCUCUGUCCCGAGCCAAGAGCCGCGGCUGUCGUCAGCAGAUCGUGGAGGUUUACUGCAAACACAAGGACGGAGCGCUGCUGCCCGAGAGAGUUCCUCGCUACUGCCCCCUAGAAGGGAAGGCUAACGUGAACGUGCAGUGGGACAUCCCCCCCGCGGACGCUCCCCCGCUCCAGCCCGUGAGGAUCGCCUUCGUCCUGGUCGUCCACGGCCGAGCCUCACGCCAGUUCCAGCGUCUGUUCAAAGCCAUCUACCACACCUCCCACUACUACUACAUCCACGUGGACCAGAGGUCCAACUACCUCCAUAGAGAGGUUCUCUCUCUGGCCCGACAGUUUCCCAACGUCCGCGUCACUCCGUGGAGGAUGUCCACCAUCUGGGGCGGAGCCAGCCUGCUGACCAUGUACCUGCGCAGCAUGGAGGACCUCCUCAAAAUGAGCGACUGGUCCUGGGACUUCUUCAUCAACCUGAGUGGAGCUGAUUACCCAAUCAGGACCAAUGAGCUGCUGGUGUCGUUCCUGUCAAAGUAUCGCAACAUGAACUUCAUCAAGUCUCACGGGCGAGACAACGCACGUUUCAUCCGGAAACAGGGUCUGGACCGACUCUUCUACGAGUGCGACACCCACAUGUGGCGUCUCGGGGACCGCAAGAUCCCAGAGGGCAUAGCGGUGGACGGAGGCUCUGAUUGGUUCCUGCUCAAUCGCCCCUUUGUGGAUUACGUGGUCAACUCCAGAGACGAGCUGGUGGGAAGCAUGAAGCGCUUCUACGCCUACACACUGCUGCCCGCUGAGUCCUUUUUUCACACCGUUCUGGAGAACAGCGCCCUCUGUGGCACCAUGGUGGAUAACAACCUGAGGCUCACGAACUGGAACCGGAAGCUGGGCUGUAAAUGUCAGUACAAGCACAUCGUGGACUGGUGUGGCUGCUCGCCCAACGACUUCAAGCCCUCGGACCUGCCGCGGUUCCAGCAAGUGUCCAGACCCACGUUCUUCGCCAGGAAGUUUGAAGCCAGUGUCAGUCAGGAGAUCAUCAGCCAGCUGGACUGGUUCCUGUUCGGAGCACUGGCCCCGGGCACGCCGGGCCUCCAGGCCUACUGGGAGAACUCCUACGAGCAGGAGACGGACGGGCCUGCCAGCCUAUCGGACUCUGCGCUCAGCCACUACCACGCCUUCGCUCGAAUGGGAUUAUCACGCGCUGCCAGCUCGCUGCAGGGACAUCCCACCGACAACAGCUGCAGGUUCGAGGCCGUGGGCCACCCGGUGUCCGUGCACCUCUACUUCCUGUCAGACCAGUUCCAGGGCUACCUCCUGCGCCAUGUGGCCACUAACCGAGCCUCCACCCAGCUGGAGACGCUGGAGACCUGGGUCACACCCAGAGACCACUUCAUCCCGGCCAGCCCCCCCCACCCCACCAACAGACUGCAGCAUGUCCAGGUGGGAGGCGACUGGGAUCCGAAGGAGCGUCUCUUCAGGAACUGGGGGGGGAUGCUGGGCCCCAGGGACGAGCCGGUGGCCGUGCAGCGGUGGAGCCGCAGCCAGAGCAACCUGACGGCCACCGUGGUGUGGAUCGACCCCACCAACGUCAUCGCCGCCACCUACGACAUCCUGGUGGACGCCUCUGCUGAGGUCACGCACUACCGGCCGCCGCUCGCCCCCCCGCUGAGGCCCGGCGUGUGGACGCUGCGGGUGCUGCACCACUGGAGCCCGCUCGGCCAGACCAGCUUCAUCGUGGCUCCGCUGGAGUUUCACAAACAACAGCCCACAGGACUCGAGGACGCUCUGCGGCUGCACGCCGGCCCGCCCAGGAACUCCUACAUGGAGCAGAGCUUCCACGGCCUCAACCCGGUGCUGCGGCUGCCGGUGAGCCUGGGCGCCGUGGAGGAGGCCGAGGCCAACGCCGGCCUGACGGGGGCGCCGCUGCGUCAGUGGCUGGACCGGCUGCUGGAAGGCCACUGGUCCGCCUCGGACGUCUGCUCCACGGGCCCCAGCGCCUGCCCCGUCAUGCAGCGCUGCCGCCUCACGGCCUGGAGCUCCCACAGCCCCGACCCCAAGUCGGACGUGGGCGCGCCCAGAGAGGACGGACGCAUCAGGUAG